UGCGCGCCGUGUCCAUGGUCUUCGCGCCAGGUUGGCGCGGGAGAAGGCCGAGGCGCCCCAGAGUUCGAAGAGUUGGUGACGGUCACGCGGUCCGACGCUCUUCUGGCGGUGGGGCAGUCGGAAAGUGAAUAGCAGUCUUUCAAGCGACCGGUCCGUGAGGGCGCGCGUGCAGGGAUGGGUUCCCAGCGCUCGGGGCCGUUAAACAGUUCAAGCCGCGUCCUGCCCAGUGAGGGCUGUGUUAGCGUCCUCGCCGGUUCCAGCCGGGAAGGAGGCACAGAGACGACAGCUGAGGGUCACUCUGUUAAGGAUUUUAAAAUAUCUACACGUUGCUUUCCGGUGGUGAUGAACUACCCACACGAGAACAUGCCUCUCGCAAAGGAUCUCCUUCAUCCCUCCCCAGAAGAGGAGAAGAGGAAACACAAGAAGAAACGCCUGGUGCAGAGUCGCAGUUCCUACUUCAUGGAUGUGAAAUGCCCAGGAUGCUGUAAAAUCACCACGGUCCUUAGCCGUGCACAAACGGUAGUUUUGUGUGUUGGCUGCUCCACUGUCCUCUGCCAGCCUACAGGAGGAAAAGCAAGGCUUACAGAAGGAUGUUCCUUUAGGAGGAAGCAGCACUAAAAGCACUCUGAAUCAAGAUGAGUGGGAAACCAUCUCAAUAAACACAUUUUGGAUUAAAAAAA